AUGCUUUUUGGACUAACAAUCCGUGCUGUUUUAUUAGAUUCCGGUUUUGUGGAGACCAAUCCUGUUUCAAAGUCUUUGAACGCGAAUAGCAACUCUAAUGUUGAAAGGAAAUGGUAUAUCCCUACAUUAUGCUACACUCUUCCUAAAAUUAUUAGCAGUGGUAAAAAUGAAACCGUCAUGAUCCGAUUUCAAAGCGUUGGAAGCUAUUGUAGAAUUUACGGGUGUUUGGUUGGUGGAACAACGGUGCAUUCCGUGCUCUUAGACAAAGAUAGUUUAUCAUUGUUCUCGACCGUGGUGUGGGCUAACUGUGAACGAGUGAUUGUAGUUAUGAAGGCAACCAACACGGCCACCAAAAUCCAACCUAAAAAAGAAGUUCUAAAGUAUUGGAAACAAAUCAAAGACGAGCUUGUGCUACCACUUUUGACAGAUUUGUGUGAGAUAGCGGGGCUUGAGACCCCGCCUUGUUUUAUGGGGCUGCCAGAUGAACUCAAAUUCAAGAUUUUAGAGUCGGUUUCAGCGUUUGAUUUGGCAAGGGUGAGCUGUGUAAGCUCAAGACUGAGAUGUUUGGCGUCAAGCGACGAGCUAUGGAAGCGCAAGUACGACGAGCAUUUUGGGGAAGUUGUAAGUGUCCAUAAUGGCGGGAGGACUUACAAAGAGAUAUUUGUUAACGCUUGGGACUGGGAAGAGUACCAAACCCAAUACUCUUCUAAGGCUUGGGUUUUGCACCCACUAUGA